GCCCGCUCUCAAAGUUGAAUUUCGAUCCCUCCAAACACAAGACGAUGUUCACCCGCUUCGCCCUUGUCGCCGCCGCGCUCGCCAUCGCGUCCGCGAAAAUCUCGCCCAAAUUGUCGCGUGAAAUUGAAACCAAGGGUACACUGCCGUCAGUGGUGAUCGUCGAGUUUGAUCCCGUCACCGACGAAGUGCUCAGCAAAGCGGACUCCCGCAUUGAGUCUGUGACCACCCGCAGCGAAAAGAUCCUAACGGUCUUGGAGACGUUGGUCGAAAACGCCAACCGCCACCAAAGCGGAGCGUUGGAAAUCAUUGCCCAAGCUCAAGCCAAGAGGGAAUUGACCGACGAUUUCUCGGCGAAGACGCUCGCGAUUGCCAACAUCUUGGUCCUGACCAACCCCAGCCCGUCGCUGCUCGAGAGCCUGGCCACGGAUGCCAACGUCAAGGUCAUCCGCCCUCAACAUUACGGCAAGCUGGCUCUCCCUGAAUCCGUCGAGGAUGUAGCCGCCCCUACCGCGGUCGAAUGGGGCGUGGUCAAGAUCGCCGCCCCUUCGCUUUGGGAGAAGGGCUUUACCGGCAAGGGUAUCGUCGUGGGUGGUAUCGACUCGGGCGUCCACUACACGCACGAAGCGCUGAAGGACAACUGGCGCUCUGAGAACGGGUACUUCCAACCCGUGGGCAAUUCUCAAUUCCCCGUCGAUGGCCACGGCCACGGCACCCACACCAUGGGAACGUCCGUCGGCGCCGGUGGUAUCGGCGUAGCGCCGGACGCCAAGUGGAUCGCUUGUGAAGGCUGUUUGCCUAACACCAAGUGCCCCGAAGUUGCAGUCGUCGCAUGCGCACAAUACAUGCUGUGCCCCCACGACUACCAAGGCAAGAACCCCAAGUGCGAGCUGGCGCCCCACGUGAUCAACAACUCGUGGGCUGAUGAUCAUGAAAUCCCCGACGUGCCGUACUACAAGGGUCCGGUGGCUGCGUGGCGCAAGGCGGGAAUCAUCCCCGUGUUCGCCAACGCCAACUCUGGCCCCAAGUGCGGCACCGUCUUGAGUCCGGGGGACUACCCUAACGUCAUUGGCGUGGGUGCCACCACCUCCACGGACAACUUGGCCCAGUUUUCCAGCCGAGGCCCUGGCCCCAAUAAUGUGAGGAAGCCUGAUGUGUCGGCCCCUGGUCAACGAGUGCGCUCGUCCACGAACUUGAACAACUCGAGCUACGCUUCAGUGUCGGGUACUUCCAUGGCCACCCCUCAUGUCACCGGUGCCAUCGCUCUCUUGAUCCAAGCCCAGCCUGGCAUCACGUACGAUGAAAUCUACGCUGCACUUACCAAAACCGCUGAAACUUCGACGUUGACCCCAAACAACCAAACGUGCGGAGGCCUCGACGACAGCAAGUACCCCAACAACAACUACGGGUACGGUCGUAUCAACGUCCUCAAGGCUGCGUCGUCUGCUCCUUCCCCUUCCACCCCAGCUCCUACCACCACCAAGCCUGCCUGUUAAAAGUGUUUAUCCAUGUCUAUAGUAGUCGUAGUAAGUACUAUUAAUACUAUUAAUAGUAGUAGUACACCUUUUUGCGUUUCA